AUGUCACCUGUCAUCUAUUCUCCUGUGUCUCCGCAGGGCAGUCUGUUGGACGGCUCCUUCGACACCAUGCCCUUCCUACAAAGCUCCGACUCUCUAUGCCCUCUGAUCUCGUCUGAGGACGACACCGAUCACCCGUCGCUCUUUGACUCGUACAUCGCGUCGAUAGUAGAAAAGGACGUGCGCUAUUCAGCCACGGACUCCACUUCUGACCUGUCAGAGGGGUCGCGGUCGUCAAUGGACGAGGGUGCCAUGCCCCUGUCUCCCUCCCAGGGCACAAUCACGCAGAAGUCUGUCCGGCCACGCCAACUCACGACAAAGCGUUCUAUCGGUGAAGCUCUUAAAUCGCUCAAGCCGUCCUCGCAUGGCCAUAACCGCUCGAAAACAUCCAAGCACACUCCCCCCGCGCUACACCUCGACGAGACCUCUUUCCAGACCGUUGACUCGGAAGAUUUACCCGGCUCGAUCGGUAUGCGCAGAGAGGAGGAAGACGCGUUUGACGAUCGGAAUAGGACCGUUCGUCGGCGCAACAUGCCACAUCAUCCAUUCCGCUAUGAGGACGUACCAUAUAUGCAGGCGUACAGCCAGAUAUUGCUGGAAAAACUGCUCCGUCGGCUUUGCCCUAACGGCUCACCGACGUUCCAUGACUACGGCAAGAAGCCGCCGUCGCAGGUACUUGAUAUUGGCUGCGGCGAGGGCUUCUGGGUUUUGCACGCCGCGAAGGUGUGGGGGAACCAUGACACGAAGGUGACGGGUCUCGACUUGAUCGAUCUACACAACAACGACGCAGGGGAGGUCAAGCCACAACGAGAACCUGGCUAUACGCCGAAGAAUGUGCAGUGGAAACGGGGAAACUUCGUCAAGUACGGCCUGGAAUUCAACGACAACUCGUUCGACCUUGUGCGAAUGGCGAAUCUAACCUUGUGCAUCUCAAAGCGCAAAUGGUUCGCCAUCCUACACGAGGUUUGGCGGGUCUUGAAGCCGGGCGGCCGGCUCGAACUAAUCGACGACGACCUGUUCUUCCCCGGCGUCCCGCCCCACCCCCGUCUAUCGAUGGACCUUUCGCAAGGGUCGCCCCGACCCAAUCUGCCGCGCACGCCUAGCGGUUCCCACCUCAACAGCAUGCCCAGGAUAGCGGCGCUCACCCGCUCGGCGUCGCAGCGACACAUCCCGGAUGCACUGCACGGCCCCGGCUCGCCGCGAGCCACCAAGGCGCGCCACGCGCGCAGCGUCUCCGAGGUCGAGUACGGCCACAAGGCGGAGACCGCAAGCGAGCUCGAAUUCAUCUUCGACAAUAUGCUCAUUAUGAAUGGCAUCCAUGCCCACCCACACCUCUUCCUCAUCCGGUGGCUGCACGAAGUGUUCGGGCCGAAGUGGGCGCGGGAGACGCAGAAGCUCGAGCUCGCUGUGCCCUCGCGCGCGUUGAUGGAGGGCGUCAACUUUGGCCCCAAGGACCAUGCGGCAGCUUCGCCAGCGGGCGUGGCUUCCGGCGAGAAGCGCCGCAGCGAGGACGGGGAGAAGGGGCGCCCGAGCUGGUUGACGAUCGAUUCUAAGAAGGAUCGCAAGGCCGAGAAAGAGAAGGAGAAGGGUGGCCGCGCGGGGCGCACCAGCGAGGACGGUCUCCGUGACCCGAAGGGCAUGGACGGGAUCUCCCCAAAGGCGCGUCAACUACUGUUCGGGGACGACAAGGCUCGGGCCACGCCGCCCUCCGCGGGGCCGUACCAGCCCCCGGGGAUCGUUCUGCUGCCGCAUACGUUCAUCCCGUGCUCACCGCUCGAAUUGGAGAUGCACGCUUGCAAGAACAUGAACACGCUCCUUGGGUGCAAGUACGCGCUAUCGAAGUUCAUGAUGAGCUCGCGAGGCGAGAAAGGGGAGCCGCUCGUCUCCGAACGAGAUGUCGACGACUAUCUCUGGGACUACGAGUGCUUCCGGCGCAAGCGGUUCAACUGGCCCCAAGACAUCCCGAGCCUGCGAAUGAUCGACGAAGAACCGGAGCACACGCACGCACCGCCCUUCAAAUCCGCGCUCCUUACAUUCGGCACGCCCAAAGGUCUCGCGCCCAUGUACGCCGGUCUCGAUGCGAACAAGAAGAACACGACACACGUCCGCACGAUCCGCGUGUACGAGGCGAUGAAGAUGGUCGCCGACCAAUAGCCCAGCCAGACCGGCGUGCCACAACCCCGUUAUGACCUUUAUACGAUGACCCUCACGUUUAGAUCUCGCGCCGCCUCUUCGCCUUUGUCUCCGUUGCUGCCCCAUGUGCCAUUAGCUGUAUCACCCGCAUUCGCC